UGACGGAUGAUUUAAUUAAGACCAAUUUUUGCAAUAAUCUUCGUCAAUUGUUGAGCUUCAGUUAUCGCUGCGAUAUUUCUGAAAAUCUAUUUGACAAUUUUUACGAACAACAUGAUGCAAACCUAAAUUACACCAUGUACAUUGUACAUACACCCGAAACUAAUAUUAUCAACACAUUUUUGAAAUAAUCAAAAUAAGACCCAAUAUGAUUAUUAUGGACCACCCGGUAUUCUAUCUUUAGAUGAAGUAGACGCUGACAUUUUUACUAUGCAAAAUUAACCAUAAAUUUCAAUGCCGCAUCUAUUAAAAAUAUAGAAAAUUUUUCUAUAUGAACAACGUAAAUAAGUAGUAAUCAAUGAAGGACAACUCGGGUCAUUAACUUUCGCAUUUUGUGCUCGUUUUGAGUACCUAGUCCACGAGAUAUGAACAGUUUAAUCGUUUUGUUAAUAUAUAAAAUAUAGGUGUACCUUAGUUAGUGGAAGUUAUAAAGUAGUUCAUUGUCUUAUAUUUAAUGUGUAAGAUAUACAGAUACCCAAUUCAAUUUUUAUUUAAAGUUAAGAGCAGAAAUUAAUUAAAAAUGGAAGAUUCCCUCCAAUUACCGCAAGAAACUUUACAGAACCUCGAACAGGUACUAAAGGACUUACGAUUUGAAAAAUAUUCACUAAAAUUCUCUAAAGGCUCUGCCAAAGGACAAAACUACUUGGGAAUUAUAACAAAAAUUCAAGUAACGGAAGAAGACGACAAGAAAACUCCUCGACAACUGAAUUUGAUUAUCAAAAGUGCUCCUGGCGCCACAGAAUUCAGGGAAUACAUCAAAAUUGAAAUUUUACAUGCAAGAGAAGUAUGCAUGUAUGAAUCCGUCUUUCCCGAAUUGAUCAAAUUUCAAAAAGAAAUUGGAUUGGAAGACAUUUUCGAUCCUUUUGCAAAGUGUUAUGGCACUUCUAGUGUCAUACCCCACGAACAUCUCAUUUUCGAAGAUAUGACUGCUCACGGUUACGUUUUGAAAAAUAGGAAAAAUGUAAUAGAUUUAGAUCAUUGUCAAACAGUAUUAACAGCUUAUGGACAGUACCACGCUCUAGCAUUAGCUCUCAGAAUAAAAAACCCAGAAACAUACAAAACAUUAUCAGAAAAUACCAGGGAAUCAUUUUUUAACAAUGUGAAUUUGUCAUCUCUCUGUAAAACGAUAAAAGGUCACAUUGAUAAGGUUAUUAAUAAUUUGGACGAAUCAAUUGAUAAAAAAUUAAUAAAAAAACUGAAUGAUUUCGUUAACUUUCCAAUUGAUCCUAAGGGUUUAUUGGAAAAUUUGUCAAUAGAAGCAGCUCAAGGUGCAGCCGUUUUUUGUCACGGAGAUUGUUGGAUUAAUAAUAUGUUAUUUAAAUAUGAGGACGAUUCUUCAACUCCAUCAGCGGUAUGUCUGCUAGACUGGCAACUCAGUAGAUGUGCAUCCCCAGCUAUAGACAUCUCCUAUUUCAUUUUCGCUUGUACAGAUAAAAAAUUACGCGAUAUCCAUUACCAGCACCUUUUGAACAUCUACCAUUCGAGUUUAACUGCGUUUUUGAUUAAACUACAAGUCGAUCCGGAGAUAUUUUCGAAAGAAACUUUUUCGAAUCACAUGAAACAAUUUUCGAAAUACGGUUUGAUGAUGUGCCUCAUAGGCGUGCCGUUGUUUGUUGCUGAUUUAGAUGAGAUUCCUGAUUGGACGGGAGAUAUGGAAAAUGGAGAAAGAGAAAAAAUGUUUUCUAUGACGAGAAAAAGCGAACAGUAUAUUGUAGAUAAGUUGACUGAUAUAGCUAGGGAUUUUGAUAGGUUGGGAUAUUUUUAAAAUAAGAUUUUUUUUAUCGCAAAUAUAAUAUUGACAAAUAGUUUUAAGUACCUAUGUUAUGUUU